AAGAGGAAAAAAUCCUCUGGCAAAAUCGCCAUGUCUGCGAAGGAUUGCGGGAACCAUGGGAUGAAGAGGAAGAAGCUCAUAAAGAGAAUUUGCUCGGCCAUCCUGCUGUUCGUGAUAUUGGUUCUGUUCGCAAUACUCCUGGUAUGGUUGAUCCUAAGGCCGACGAAGCCUCAGUUCACGCUACAGGACGUGACGGUGUACCAAUUCAACGUUACCUCACCAAAUUACCUGACAUCGAGCAUACAGGUGACGGUACAGUCGCGCAACCCAAACGAUAGGAUCGGGAUCUACUACGACAAAAUGGAUAUCUACGCUACCUACCGUGAUCAACAGAUCACCCUUCCUACGCUCUUGCUCCAAACCUACGAGGGUCACAAGGAUAUCAACGUAUGGUCUCCCUUCAUCUACGGUAACUCCGUACCCAUCGCUCCUUACCUCGCCGCCUCACUGAAUCAGGAUGAGUCGUCCGGUUACAUACUCAUCCAUGUCAAGAUCUAUGGGAAGCUCCGAUGGAAGGUCGGAACCUGGGUUUCCGAUCACUAUCGUAUCAACGUCAAUUGUCCUGCUUUUAUCAGAUUUGGAAAUCAGGCCUCCGGUAUCACAGUCAGCGCCGGUAUCAAAUACCAACUCUCCCAACCUUGCAGCACCGACAUUUGAUCCUUCCUUCCUUCCUUCGUUCCAUCUAAUCAAACUAGCCUUAGGUAUUUGGUA